AAUCCAUAAACAAAUGUACUAUCUUUUAAAAAUCUCUACGAACACGAGCAAAAUGUCGCUGUACUUGGCUGUCAAGCUAUUUUCUCAUCGUAAUGUGCCGUUCUGGCGCAUAGUAUGUAUGAAACAUUACGAUUUGGCGUGUGCGUUCUAUUUUAUUUUAGAUGAGAUUUGACGACCGCUCAAAAUAUCUUCAUGGCUUUUUAUUCGACUUCUGUGUACCGUUGUUUUCGGUAUUUCGUAAACAUUGGCAAAACAACGCGAUAAUUCAAUGAAGUGUGCGGAAAAUAGUCGUUAUCGCGAGUGAGAAAGGUAUUUAGUGCACAACGGAAGCAGACGGUGGUCGUUUAGUCGGUUUCCGAUGGAGGAGAAGAUGGAGAGUGAACAGAGUUAUAGUGGCGAGAGUAGCAGCUCCUCGGAAAGUUGUAGUGGGAGCGGGAGCGGCAGCUCGGAGCCCGAGGAGGAGCUCACGGAGUCCGUGCGCCUGCUGGGCCAGACCCUCGAGCUGCCGCAGGAGCUAUGUGAGAACUAUGGACUCUUCAAAGAGUUUUUCUCCUAUAAGACUUGGGAAGCUUUAGAAGAUACACAUAAGGAGCAGCUCAUGAAAUAUUUGCCUAAAUUUGUACAAAAUGAAGAAGAGGAAAGAGAAAAAACGAUAAAGAUGCUGUUUGAUCAUGAACCAUUUCAUUUCACAUCACCACUAGAAGUGUUUUACAGCAACUUGAAACAGGGAAACUACCGGCCAGACAUAGCGAAGAUGAGAAAGUUUUUGCAAAAAGCAAGGGCUAAGCAACAAAAGCACAAGAUAAAAUCCUACUAUGCUAAACUGAUGCCAGAGGUGUUAAUAUCUCGGGAACGGUUGCUAGCAGCAGCCAAGGCUGCCCCACCUGGCCCCACCCCGCGCCUCCCCCUUCUGCCACAAAAACAUUCCUCCAAAAACUCCUACAAACCCCUGUACUUGCGAGCAAGGCAGAGGUAUUUUGAGGAAUUGGCAGCUAUCCGGAGUGAAGUGGGCGGUGAUGAAUCUGACGAUGAUAACUAUCCUGAGGGCCCUCCAGAGCCUUCCAAUAAAAAGCGCAAGCACAUGCAUGCUAGUCAGAAUCAGGACAGCAAUGUUUCCGGUACUCUUGGAGGCACAGAAUCUUCACAUCCCACAUCUCUGGAUUGUCUAAAGAAUGUCUUAGCAGCUCAUAGAGCUAGAAGACAAUAUAGAGAGAACCAUCCAGAACUAAAUACAACUGGUUUAACUUUAGAAGACAUAAAGCAGAGAGUAGCACUUGUAAAUGGUACAAAAAAACUCAUGUUUGGUGGUCAAAAAUCAGAAACAUCCACACAGAAAGUGAAAAGGGGACCUAAGAAAGAGCCAAAUCAGAGACAAGUGAAAUCUGAUGCCAAAGCCAGUAAGAGAAAGGAAGAGGAUAUUGAACAUAAACCAUUGUUACCAAAUAUUAAAAUAAAGUGUGAGCAAGAGGAGUCAGACUCAGAGAGUUCCUUCGCAGAGCCGAAGGGUGCCAAACAUUCUAAAAAGCUAGGUGAUAAUGUUGAAAUUAAGCAAGAAAUUGUGGAUCCUAAAUACUCUGAUACAACAAAUAUAAAUUAUAAUGAUCCGAAACUGGAAAGUGUCAUCAAGCAAGAGCCUUUAGACCCCACACUUGCACUACAGACUGCUGGUAGAAUAAUUCAACCAGUUCCCAUCAAAUUGGAAGACCUCGAUGGUAUUGACAUGAUGGCGUUGCCCGUCGAGUUAGCGGACGACGAUCUCCCGUCGAAUACGGAGGAAGCGGUGGAUACAGACUCGGCGCUGACGGAGACGACGCACGCGAACUUUUUGUCUCUGGUGCGCGCGCUGUUCCCGGCGCGGGCGGCGCACCGCGCGAGCAAGCAGCAGCUGCACGCGCGCUGCGCGGCCGUCAUGAGCUCGCCCAUAGCGCCGCUCAACACCUGGUACAGCUUGUCAGACGAUUGGUGCGCCGAGUUGGAUUCCGCGCUGGAUUUCCUGGCCGGCGAAAGAGGCCCGCACCCUGACGACUUCGUGCCGUACCUACAAUAUAUUCCCGAAACACAGAUGUACCAGUGGAUAGGCGCGGGCCGGGACUGCGACGCGAUUUUGGGCCGGCUGUGCGAACGCUGGUUCCGCGCCGCGUCGCCCGCGCCGCCCGCCAACGAACCUCCACCACCUAGGUAUCCUACGUCAUGGGUUGUGCGUCCUCUUACUAGCGCGGAAAUAGCGGAUUUCCGAGCCCAAGAGAGAAAGAGAUAUGCGGCUUCAGCGAAACCUUUCACUUAUGUCCAACACGGGUACCGAGCCGUAGUGGGCCCCUGCGCGCGGUGCGGCGCGGGCGGCGGCGCGGGCGGCGCGCUGCUGGCGGGCGCGCGGCCGCGCCACGCCUCCCUCCUGGCGCUCGUGCGCGACGCCGUGGCGCGCCUGCCCAACGGCGAGGGCACCCGCCACGACGUGCUCACCCUGCUCAAGAUGUCUCAAUGGAUCUCAGCGUGCAGUGACCAGGCGCUCCUUAGCGCGCUAUCGACCGCUUUAGACAGACUAUUGUCUGCCAAGCGGGACCCCGUUGUAAAAUAUGACCAGAGGACGGCCAUUUGGACAUAUUUGCACAGAAACAGGACGGAAGAAGAUUGGUUGAAAUCCACGGCGCGAGGGCGUCGCGCGGCGGAGAAACGGGAGCCCGAACCAGUGACGCCACCGCCUGCGGUGGAGCUAGAAGUGGGCACGGAGGCGUCAGUGUCCGACAGCGACGUGGACGUGGACGUGGAGGGCGGCCUGGGCCCCGGCUCGGCGCAGCUGCUGCUGGCCGCCGCCACCCCCCUGCCCGCGUCCACGCCCGCCCGCGCCGCCGCGGCCACGCCCGCCGCGCGCGCCCCCCGCGCCCGCGCCCGCGAGCGGCCCAAGACCAAGCCCACCAAGCCGGAGCCACAGGCGCGGCCGACCCCUACCCAAGCAAAACCCACCGUAGCCCCACCCAAGCCGUCCCCGCAGCAAAAAUCUACACCAAAGGCGGCUCUCAUGGCCCAGUCGGCCAAACAGGCCAGCCUGGUCGCCCAGGCCGUGAAGAGCAACCUCAUAGCUCAAGCGGCCAAACAGGCCAAUCUAAGUCAACACGCGAAACCCGUUCCAGCCAAACCGGUCAACGUGGUUAAGGUCCAGAAACCAGCUCAACCAGUGAGCCAACCGGCCAAGCCGGCCGCGAAGCCGCCUCCAUCGCCCAAGCAAGCCGCGCCCAAGCCGGCGGCCGUGCCCAAGCCGUCCCCGGCCAAGCCGCCGCCGGCCGCGCCGCCCAAGUCCUCGCCCUCCGCCGUGCAGCAGGCGCCGCUCAGACAGAGGACGCUGCUCGUCGAGGCUCCACAACAGAGUAUUACCGCUCCGGUAGUGACGAGUCAACCCACUGCGCCUGUGGUUUCCAUCGUACAACCUGUUUCCACCAUAACGCUACAUCCAGCACCGAACAAGCAGGUAACUCAAGGCACUAGAUCACUGCUCAUAAGGCCACCCGCAGUUCAGACUACUGUCACUGCGGUUGUCUCUACGCCUAUUUCACAGCCUGCCGGCAGCCGGCGCGGCGUGGUGCGCGUGCUGAGCCCGGCGGCCGGCGCCAGCAAGUCGCUCAUCUCCCCGCGCGCCCUGCUGCACCAAGCCACCCCGACGACGACGAAGAAACGGACUUCUGUGCCAAAUACCAGCUCCAUUACGACCAUCGCGCAGAGUUCCCCCAUGACGACCGUAGCCCUCAGCUCAACCAGCGCGGCCACCGCCGGCACCCGCACCGUCCAACUCGCCGGCGGCCGCACUCUGCAACUAGCAGCCAACCAAACCGUGCACCUCCCCGGCGGGCAGCCCGUGCAGCUGGCAACGAGGACGCUGCAGCUGACCAGCCUGUUGCCAGCUCGCGCGCCUAAGCCCGUGCCGGCCUCCACCGUGCAGCUGACGGGGCAGACCGUGCACCUGGCCGGCCAGAGCGUGCAGCUCGCGCAACACGCCGUUAAGAGCGUUCAGCUGGCAACUAGAAUGCUGCAGCUGACCAGUCUGUUGCCAGCUCGCGCGCCUAAGCCCGUGCCGGCCUCCACCGUGCAGCUGACGGGGCAGACCGUGCACCUGGCCGGCCAGAGCGUGCAGCUCGCGCAACACGCCGUUAAGAGCGUUCAGGUGGCCGCCCCGGGAGUUCUUCCAACGCAAACGGUGCAACUACCAAGCGGUCAAACAGUCCAACUCGCAGGCAGAAACCUUCAGACUGUACAACUAGCCGGUCAGAACGUACUCACCAGCCAGAGCUUACAAUUAGGUUCCCAGACAGUGCAAUUAGCUGGCCAAACCCUCCAACUACCGAGCGGUCAGACUGUUCAGCUUUCCGGUCAAACGCUUCAGCUACCCAGUGGUCAGACGGUGCAACUUUCCGGUCAGACACUGCAGCUGGCUAGCGGUCAGACGGUGCAGUUGGCGAGUCAGACGCCAAAGUCCAUGGCGCAGGUAGUGCGUGGUCAGGCGGCCGGCGAUAAGUCCGCGCAACCAAUCAGAGCCAAACUACUUACUAAUGCUCAGGGGCAGAUGAUCUCGCUGGAGAGCAUGGUGGGCGCGCGCAUGGUGAGCGCGCGCGCGCGCGCCGCCGUGCGCGUGCUGGCGCCCGCCGCGCCCGCGCCGGCGCCUGCUGCCGCCGCCCGCCAAGCGCGCCCGCUGCUGCUCACCGCCGCCAAGCCGCUCCACAACAUCAUCCUGCAGCAAAGCGACGGCAGCACUAUACGUGUAACGUCGAGCGGCGCCGCGGGUUCCUCGCAAACUAUAGUAUUAAGCAAUAUUGGCUCGCAAGCAGCUACAACGUCCACUGCUUCGGCGCCGUUGUUAAAAUUGCAACAGGUCAAUCCAAUACAACAAGUUAAACUUCCCCAAGGAAUUAAAAUUCAGCAGGCGGGAGCGAACGCCACGGUGGCGACAUCUAGCGCCGUCAACGCAGUGCGGAGUGUCCUUAUGGACGGCCAGCAACUCAAACUCGUCGGCGGCAGGCACGUGCUCGCGCGCCUGUUACGACCGGCGCACCCGCCACAGUGAAGUGAGCUUUAACCAUUUUGGUAUAAGGUUCAAAUUAGCAUAAGCUAGACGCGGUGCGGAGCAUUCUCAUGGACGGCCAGCAACGUAAACUCAUCGGCGGCCAGUGUGCCCGCUAAAGUCAAGUGAGCUCUAACUCUAGUGGUGUAAAGUUCAAAAUAGCUAGCAUGAGCUAGCGUUCUAGCGCCGUUAACGCGGUACGAAGGUUGCUCAUGACAACCAUGCGAUGUGUUGACAGUUUGUAUACCUAGUUUAAUAUACAUAGACUGAGGACACGACUAGUACCACGUACAGCCGCCACAUCGAAGUAAUCUCUUAACAGGAGUAUGUAAGGACAUGCAGCCACGUGCGAGGUUGCCUAUUUAUCGUGAUGAUUUUUUUUAAUGUUGUUAAGUGGGCAAGAUUGGGCCGUGCCCGUAAACCGAGUCUUACUCUAUUGUCUCAUCUAAAAGGUUCAUUCUUAGUUCUAAAUAUGUGUACCCAGUGUCAAACCAACAUGUUGCGAUAAUGCAGAAGUGGUAUUCUUGGUAACCACCAUCUUUCAAACUUAAUACUAAUUGCAUAGAUUUUACUGUAACUAUAUGUUUGUAUGGAAGAGCUAACUACAAGAAAUAACUCUUAUUUAAAGUAGAGCAGCAUUAUUGGUAGAUUUAUCCAUUGUAAUUAAAUCUUUAGUCGUAGCAUAAUGCUCGAGUGUGUAAAUAAAUAUGUACAUAAUUUUGACUAAAUUCAAAAGAGCUUACUUUUGUUUUCAAAUGACAAGAAGGAUGCGGUGUGAACAUUUCGUUCGUUAUGAAUGUUAGAAUACAUAGUUAAUAUUGUCUGUUUUAGUGAGUUUGAUUAUCUAUGAAAAUCUGCAGCUACAAAAAAUAUAGCAGAAGAAAUAUACAGCAGUUUUUGGAGAAAUGCUAGUUUGAUUAACUUUACAGAUUAUUGAAUGAGAUUGCUAAAAUUCACUCGUAAUUGUAGAAGUAAAUAAUCUCAGUUUAUGAAUUCUUUGAUUCUGAUUGUAAGUAAAACUAAAUUAGCACUUGAGUUUCUAACAACUAAAACUAACUGUAAAGUUGUUUUAAAUUCAGAUUAUUUUCAUAUGUUAAUAUGAUAUUUACUUUGAUUGCAAAGCAGUUUAUCUUAAAGGAUAAUAUUAAGUUUCCAUAGAAGAUUAUGUUAGUAGAUUGGCUCGAAUCGAGGUUCUUAAUGAGUUAAGUGUGUGAGUGUAAAAAGAUAGUUUCCUCAAAGAAAUUGAUUAUCUUAUUCAUAUCAUAGAAGGAUAGCUAAAGUGUCAUUCUAUGGAACUUGCUAACUAUGUAAACAAACCGCCAUAUUGAAGAUGUCUCUGAAUGAUGAAUUAACUAGUGACUUUUGUUUACAUAGUUAGCAAGUUCCAUAGAAUGAUAUUUUAUGUAUGUUAUAUAUAAUACAAUAUUGAAUGUACAAAGCCAGUAUUUUGCAUUGUAAAUGGGUCGUAAGGCUGUAAUUUUUUUGUAUAAACGCUUAUGAGAAGUGUUAAUUAGUUGUAAAGAUUUUUAAAGUUUAACUCAAUAUUAACAACUCUCAACUUUUUGUAUAUACCAGUGUCAGUUUUGGGCGAGAUAAUGUUAUAAUAUUUAUGUUAUUAUUUAUUUUAAAGUGCCAAAUCAGUCGAUCUAUCUACGUAGAUGGUUGAAAGUGAAAAUAUGUACCUUGAAAGGCCUUUUUUCCGCCAAGUUCUUUUUCCAGUGUGUUAUGUACCUAGUUUUUUUUUUAUAACUUUAAUGCACAAAAUGAAAAGGUACUCAAUUGUAGAGCCAAGCAGACACCCAUACUAAUGGUGUAGACAGAGUUUUGAACAGCACAGCCGAUCGGUCGAUUGCUUUGGCAACGUCUUAACUCGGGCAUAAAGCCACGCAGAGAUCUGUCCCUGUCCGCGGAAUCAGAGAAAUAAGUAAGUUUACAGUGCUCACUCCAUACAUAGAUAACAACUCAUAGAGUAAAGAGUGAGCAUUUUAAGUUCACUCAUUUCUCUAUCCUCCUAAAGCCCAAAGUCAAAGUCCUACCUAUAGUACUUCUUUAGUUCGAUGAAGUCUAAAUCAUAUUCAAUUGGAACAGUCGCUUUUGCUUUGUUUCGUUCAAUUUCCAAACAACGCAAAAUCAACUCUAUGUCCUACAGUAUACGUUCAAAUUUCAGUGGCAAAUUUUGGAUUUUUCAUUUGUAUGGCUGAGCCUUUGGAGGAUAUGGCGGAAUGCAAUACUAUACGUCACAACAGAAUAAUUAUUUAUUUCGUUGUUUUCAUAUUAUACCUGUUUCGACAUGAAAUUCAAUUACGAAUGCAAUAUAUUAAGUCAAUUUAA